AUGAAUACUGCCCCAGCUUCAGAAAGUGGAUCAUAUUCCACAAACCAAACAAGACCCUUCUUUUAUGCACAGCCAACAGCACAACAGCCUUUUCCAAAUCCGUGGUACCUCAGUCAUGCGUAUAGUCCAUACUGUGUACCUGCUCCUGGAUUCCGAAGUGGAAAUCCAUAUUUUCCAUUUUAUUCCGUUCCACUCCAUGAGUACCCUGGAUUUUUUGUUCCACAGCAUCCAGUGCAGGCAAGAAUUAACAGAAGGCCUUAUUUUAAUGCUGCCCCACCUUCCCCUAUGUUUUAUCAUGCAACAAGAUUUCGACACUAUAGCAACUCUGGGAAAAAAAUGGAGACAAAAGAAACACAGACUGAUCCUAGACAGCCUGAAAACAAGCAAAGAAAGCAUCAAGAUACCCGUAUGGAAACGAAAGGUUGUGAUGCAGGAAAUAUGCCCUGUGUUUCUUCUGGUAUAGGUACGGAGACUGAAAGUACUUCAGAGAAACAAGAUUCAUCUGGAUCUUCCAUUGUGGUAGACAGAGAGUUUCAUAACAAGAGCACUUCCAGCUCUACACAGUAUAGAAAUCUUCCUACAGGAAGCUAUGCCUUUGAGAAGGAAGAAGUGAGGAUAGAAUAUGGAAAUGGCUCUCCAGCUAUUCAGCUAUGGAAGUCCUUUAAAGAAACAAUCCCUUUGUAUGAUGUAGCAAGUGGUAAACCAGUCCCAGAAAAUAUAGUGCCAAGUGACUUAUUCACUGUUAGCUCAUGUGAAGGGAUGAUAUAUGGCCCUCACGAAGGAGAGAAAAUGGUGGCAGGAGCUUACUUGGAUGAGAGAAAAGCUGUUCACUCUUCAAAACAGGGUGCUGAAACUGUGCAAGAAAAAGAGGCCCAAAAUAAUGAAGCGAGGCUGGAUGCGGAAAAGCAGGCAAAUACAAGUCAGUGGGCAAAAUCCUCCCCAGGUGAAACCAUGGCAGUGCGAAUGGCAGAGCUGGCAAGAUCUGCUGGCAUAGAUCAACCAGUAGUAAGACAGGAUGUGGUGGUAGCUAAGAAGUCUAGCGCUAAAAAAUCUGCAGGCUCAAAAACCUCUCAAGAAGAGCCCAGCUUUAUUCAACAAGCAGGACUACUUCCAUCUAGUAUGGAGGUAAUGAAUGACUUGAGCUUUCAGCAGAAAAAGCUGAAUCAAGGUCACAGCGUGACCAAUGAAAGUCAAACAGAUAAAAGUAUUUGGUGUGAUGAAUCAAUUGAGAAGUACGUUCCCUCUAACAGUUGGCUGGCUUGUGUGGACGGUAUGGACACAAACUACAACUGCAAUGUUUAUUUGCCACAAAGGAAACGUCCAAGUGUACUCAGUCUUUCUUCUGAUGAUAUGUCCUCCAGAGAGGAAGGCUCAUCAAUUGAUAAUACCCCAGUGUCUUAUUUUGUCCCUGACUAUGUGCUUCAGAAAAGCAUGUAUACUUUCCAGAAAAGCGCAGAGGGCUUACAGAAAGAGAAAAUUAAAAGUGGCGGGUCCAUUAAUGAAGAUGAAGCAGUGGGAAGGGAGCGGGUGAACAGCUUGAAUGACCAAGAUGUUGAAAACUCUUCAACCAUAAAGAUUAAAGAAACUUCCGGUAAAGGUAGAAAGCCGGAAGCUGUUCCUAGAUCUUCCAGUAGGAAAAAAAUUGAUUCUCUCAAGAAAAAAGCAACUAAGAGUUUGUCAGAAGUUGAGGACUCUGAAGAAUACUCUGUGAGGGGAGAAGAGGAGGAUGAAGAUGGAGAGGAUGAUGAUGAUGAGGAGGAGGAUGAUGAUGAUGAUGAUGACAUGGAUGAAAUUGAAUGUUUCUUUCAAGAAGCCACUCCAUAUGGAAUCUUCAUGCCUAGUAAAGGAAGCUUCUACCAAGUUGGCCAGAGGGUGCUUUGGAAACCACCUAAAUAUGCUAUACCAGCUCAAUUCAUUAGUUGGCCUGUUCAAGAGAAAAUAAAAGCAAAGAGUGGGCUUGAUGAAAACAUUGGUGUGGCUUACAAGCCAAAGGAGAAAGAACAAGAUGAACUUGCAUACAAUGACUAUGGAUACUAUGGAAAGAGGCCUAUGGCAAGAAGAGGGGGACUUGAGCACCAGCAAAUGCUACGGAAGUUCUUAGGAGGAAGGCUGUUAAGGGAGGAUAUGGGGAUACCACCCCAGGAGUAUUGGAUUAGAAGUGGUGCUAAGCCCAAAUAUACCAGCCAAACACACGAUAGUGUCUCACCAGCACCCAAGAGCAAAGAUCAAGGGUGCCCACCUUUGGUUAAAUCAAAGAAGAAAAGAAUGGGCAAGCCACCUUCCAAACGCAGGGACACAAGGUGUGAUGUGGAAGAAGUGUGGGAGAUGCCUAAAAGCAGCAAACGCAAAGGGCAUGGAACAAGGAGGUCCCUCUUUAAGAGAAGAUAA